GCCCUUGGGAUAAGGGACCCCCUUUCCUGUUGUGGGGCCGGGCUUCCGGCUAGGGGAAGAAAUCAGGUGACAGUUGCCGUUCGGGCGGAGGUGGAGUUCGAGAGAGCGAAGGGCCGCGAGCGGCGGAAGGCGCCAGGCGGAGGAGCCGGCGCUGACUCUGAGUUCAAUUGCAUUAAAAAUUUCCUGACUGGGUGUGACAAGAAUGGCCAGCAAAGGGCCAGCAGCUUCUACCUCCACUGAAAGCAACAAUGCUGGCGGGACCAGUGGCAACAGCAGCAGCGGGGAUGGGGCAAGCCAGGACAGCACUUUCGAGUGCAACAUCUGUUUGGAUACAGCCAAGGAUGCUGUGAUCAGCCUAUGCGGUCACCUCUUCUGUUGGCCUUGUUUACACCAGUGGUUAGAGACGAGGCCCAAUCGGCAGGUGUGUCCUGUAUGUAAAGCAGGUAUCAGCCGCGACAAGGUCAUCCCACUUUAUGGAAGGGGCAGCACCGGACAGCAGGACCCAAGAGAGAAGACACCACCACGGCCUCAAGGCCAGAGACCUGAGCCGGAAAAUAGAGGGGGCUUCCAGGGUUUUGGGUUUGGCGAUGGAGGCUUUCAAAUGUCGUUUGGAAUUGGGGCAUUUCCUUUUGGUAUAUUCGCUACAGCAUUCAACAUAAACGACGGUCGGCCUCCCCCAGCGGUUCCAGGGACUCCCCAGUAUGUGGACGAACAGUUCCUGUCCCGCCUCUUUCUGUUUGUGGCCCUGGUGAUCAUGUUCUGGCUCUUGAUCGCUUAACCUUGCCCUGUAUUGUACCACGGUUUGUGGAGCUCCGAACUGGUCACAGACGACUGCUUCUUCUUUUCCGUGCCCCACUGCCAGCCUCUCGGUGUCUGGUUCCAUAGCUCAUGGGCUCCCGCAAGCCCCGAUGUCUGCUGCAGUGGGAGGAGGACUCUUGCUUAUUACGCCAGAGUAAAUGGAAUUAAAGGUCUCUCUUUAAAAGCA